AUGCCUACCCUGCAGGAAUCCCAUGAACUUACUCCUCUGAACUCCGGACCUCAAACAAAUCCACCUGAUACCAAGCCUUCCUGUCGAAACUCUGGAAAAUAUACUAUCCUUGUUCUAGCUUUAUUUUCUAUUGCCACACUUGGAAUUAUAGUAGUUAUUAAAACUUUCAUACUGGAAAAAGAUAACGAACUACCCAUCUGUAACAAACGUAUAAUUGGAUAUAUUUCGGCUUCAACAACAAGAAAUAUAACCGAGCAUGAAGUUUCCAAUUUAACACAUGCAGUUUUUGCAUUUGUUCAUAUGACUUGAGAUGGAGAUCUUAUUUUUAACAAUCUAGAUCAAAAGGACAAAUUUUUACAGUUAAAAGAAUUGACAAAAACCAACAAUUAUACGGUAAAGAUAAUGUUUUCGAUUGGCGGCAAUGACAAUUCAAACUACUUUUCUUCAGUAAUAUCUAAUCCGGAAAAGAAACAAACCUUGAUUGAUUCUAUUCUUGCUUUCCUUGAUAUGUACGAUCUUGAUGGUGUGGACUUGUUUUGGAAAUGGCCGGAUAAACAGGACAGAGAAAAUUAUUCUUCAUUUAUUCAUCAUUUGAGAAAAAAAUUAAAUUUUAAAAGAGACGCCUACAUUUUGUCAAUAGUCGUGCCACCGUUGAAUGUAGAAAGACUGAAAUACGCAAUCGAUAUAAAGAAUAUCACAAAUAACGUUGAUUUUGUGAACAUUUUCUCGAUGGAUUACUAUGGACCGCAAGAUAAUAUAACUGGACCGACAGCUCCAAUUUACGAUGGAGCAGCUGAAAAGAAAUAUUAUAAUGUUCACCACUCAGUAAGAAAAUAUUUCUGUAGAAUGAAAGAAGCGAAUAAGUUGAAUAUUGCUAUUCCAUUUUAUGCAACACUAUGGGAAAAUGUUCAAGGACCUGUCAAACCACCCGGAAAAGGGGUGUUCAGAAAUGCAAAGCCAUUCAAUGAAAUCAUGUCGGAAACAUCUUAUUUGUCUCGAUUGGAUGUAAAGCAACUUGGAUUUGAAUUGGAUAAAUUUUCCUACGAUGGUUCAUCAAGAGGCGCAUUUUUGUAUAAUUCAACAACCAAGACAUAUCUAACUUUUGAAAAUGAAAAAACGAUCGGAAAAAAGAUUAAUUAUGUAAAGGAUCGAUUAUUGGGAGGAGUAUGGAUUUGGUUAAUGGAUAUGGAUGAUGAAUUCAAUAGUCAAUUGAAUGCAAUCACCUUUGACGGAUAUUGUUCAAAUGGAAAUGGAUCGAAAUUUGAUUGCUAA